AUGAAUCCAGAAAAGAAGUUUGAUUACGAGAAUGAAAACCGGACACAUAUACCAGUGGUGACUAAGGCAACUGAUGAUCAUAACGAAAACGAAGGUUAUCUACGCUUGGAAUUCUUUGCCCUGUCAAUUGUAUUUUGCAUGGGUCUUUUGGCAAUUGUUUUCAUGGCGUUCUAUAUAAUUUCUGGAUAUAAGCACUAUAGAGCUUCAUAUAAGCUCUACAAAGCUUCGAACCAUCACGUUGAAAGAAACGCCAUAGCCAGUGCAGUUUUUGUUGUCCCCAUUUUCAUUUGGUUGGUCUCCAUGAUUAUUAUGGUUUCUUCUUCAUUGGGAAGAACUAUUCACAG